AUGGCCGACACAGCCCCCAAAGUCGCGGAAGCAGAACGUCGUGAAAGCCCAAGUUUGGUAGACAAGAAGGCCGCAUUGCUUGCGGAAAAGAUCAAAACCAGCAAUCAUUUCAUCGCAUUUACGGGGGCGGGGAUAUCCACAUCUGCUGGUAUCCCAGACUUCCGCGGUCCAGACGGUGUUUGGACCCUUCGGGCCCAAGGACGAAAGAGAACUGGAAAAGCGACGAGUACAUUGCAAGCCAUCCCAACGCCGACGCACAUGGCCUUGGUGGAGCUGCAAAAUCGUGGAUUACUGAAGUAUCUGGUCAGUCAAAACUGCGACGGACUUCAUAGAAAAAGUGGUAUCUCGUCGGACCGGAUUUCAGAGCUGCACGGUAAUAGCAACAGAGAAUACUGCAAAGACUGCGGCAAAGAGUACAUUCGAGACUUCCGAGCAGUAGCAACCUACGAGGUAUCAGUCUACGACCACCGCACGGGUCGGAAGUGCGUAAAGUGCGGCGGGGUCCUGUUUGACAGCAUUGUCAACUUUGGCGAGUCCCUCCCCGAGGAGCCGUUCAAACGAGCUCAUGACAAUGCCAAAAAGGCAGAUCUUUGCCUUGCUCUGGGCUCCUCGCUUACAGUCACACCUGCGAACGAAAUAACCGAAAUCGUCGGCAAAAAGAAGCGCGGUCGUGGCGUCGGAGGGCAGCUCGUCAUCUGCAACCUUCAAAGCACGCCGCUGGACGAUUUAUCCGAACUUCGCGUGUGGUCUACCACGGACGAUCUCAUGAUCCGCGUUAUGGAGAAGCUGGGAAUACCUAUCCCUAGAUUCGUUCUCCGCAGGCGACUUGUUCUUCAGCUCGAGACUACAGAGUCUGGAAAACAUCAGCUUACUGUCCAAGGCGUUGAUGAAGACGGCACUCCCGCCACCUUUCUCCAAUCGGUCAAGCUUGCGUAUAACAGGCGUGUUGUACGAUCUGAGCCUUUUGCUUUCAACUUUCGUGGCGAGCUCGAUACCGGGACGGAGUUGAAGCUCGAGCUUGAGUUUAUGGGACACUAUGGGGAGCCGAACUUGGAAAUUGUUCAUGUUGUCAAUGAGAAGACGUCCCGGAUCUUGCAUCUUUUGGAGUAUGAUCCUAUGACGGGCGAGUGGAAAACAACCACAGAAGAAGGCGCAGAUGAUGAUACGGGCUUGGAACGGGACAUCUCAAUCAUCGAUCUUACUAGUGACUAG